UAGUACACACACUCAGUCUUACACACACUCAGUCUCACACACACACGCACAGGAACACACACCUUUUUCAGGUGUUCUGUGUUUGCUGCCCCUGUUUUUUAUCAGGAUCAAAACUUUUUAGUCUGUAACAAAGACUGUCUUGGUCUGAUAACGUGAAGCAGCUUAAUGUUUAGCCCACAUACACACACACACACACACACACACUUAGGGAAGUGCAGGGAUUAAAAAGGUGCACAGAUCCAUAUGCUGCCCCAGCAUGGAGACGAGGAAGCGGUGUAGAGUCGGAGUCGGUGAUGGAGAUGACACAGGAACCAGUGUUGGUGAUGAGAGCCCAGUGGAGCAGCCUCGUCCUCUGUCCGCUCUAAUACGACUCUACGUGUACGCCCUUCACGGCUGCCUGUGUGAGGUGGCCUUCACUGCUGUGUGGGACUGGUGCAGCACCCGGGACAGGAGGCUGGCAGGUCACAGCAGCCUGUGGGCUCUGCCCAUGUACGCAACUGCAAUCUACCUGAUGGAGGGGCUGAGAUCGUGGCUCCUGGCCCGACGUCAGCCGCUGCAUGUACGUCUGGCGACCUACACGCUGUUCAUCUACUCCUGGGAGCUGAGCUGGGGGGCGGUACUGCAGCUGCUCAGGGCCUGUCCCUGGGACUACUCUGCCUUUAAGUACAACCUGGGAGGUUUGGUUACUCUGGAGUAUGCCGUUCCCUGGGCUGUGGCGUCUUUUGUAGCAGAGCAGCACGUGAUCAGGAACACGCUGAGGAUGAGACUGCACAAAUGAGCUGAGACCAGUCUGGAAUGAUGUACUUGUUCCAGAGACCUUAUCCUUGGAUUUCAUUUGCUUUAUUUUUGGUUGCCAUUAGACAAAGAUAUUUCACAAAUUAAAAAGCUUUGACCAUAAAGAAAA